AUGGAAUUUAGCAGUAUUUUCUUUGAUCCCUCUUAUUCUGGCAGCAUGUUUCCCGGAAAGGGUGAUUCGAUUUUUCAAGGAGCAAAAUCGGUGAUGAACAUGGAGGAAACUGCAAAGAAGCGACCGUUUUUCAGCACGCCGGAAGAACUGUAUGAUGAAGAGUACUUCGACCAGAAGUUGCCGGAGAAGAAGCGCCGUCUCACUCUUGAACAGGUGAACUUGCUUGAGAAGAGUUUUGAGGCAGAGAAAAGGCUGGAGCCGGAGCGAAAAACUCAGCUGGCCAAAAAUCUGGGAUUGCAGCCCCAACAGGUGGCAGUGUGGUUCCAGAACCGCCGUGCAAGGUGGAGGAACAAACAGCUUGAAAGGGAUCAUGAUCAUCUCAAAUCCUCUUACGAGUGCCUUUUGUCCAAUUAUGAUUCCAUUCUCAAGGAGAAUGAGCAGCUCAAAGCAGAGGUUCUUUCCAUGACAGAGAAGUUGGGACCUAAAGAGUUGGCUGGAGAGCCAGUUUAUUACCAAAUUUCUGACACACUUCCGGUGGUGGCCUCCCCUGCUCCGUCCCUCCAAAUCAGUGUUAAGGUGGAGGACCGCCUCAGCACUGGCAGUGAUGGCAGCGCUGUAGUGGAUGAAGGCUGUCCUCACCUUGUGGACAGUGGCAAUUCCUACUUCCCCGAAAAUGAAUAUCCCGGGUAUGUGGCAGCCAUAGAUUGUGUACACUCGGAGGAGGAUUAUGGCAGUGAUGACAUUGGGAACUAUUUCUCCGCGUCUGUGGGAGCAGAGCAGGAGCAACACGAGGAUGUAGAGGCACUGGGGUGGUUCAUAUGCUGCAAUGGAAGCCAUGGAGUUUGGGGUAAUAAGAAGAUGAAGAACCGUGUUUUAGGAAGGUCUCUUAGGAGAGGAUUUAGUGAGAGAAACGCUGAUGUUGUGGAGAGAGGAAGCUUUGGAAGCACAAGCAUGUCACAAGACGAUAUCGAAAAGCUCCCGCGUUUCAACUUCAAGACGAAGGAGAGAGGGAGCAGCCCGGCUGCGAUUUGCACGGUUUGUUUAGAGAAUUUUAAGGUUGGAGAAAAGUGUAGACUAUUACCUUUGUGUAAUCACAGUUUUCACGCAGACUGUGUGGAUUUAUGGCUUCUGAGAACACCUAUUUGUCCAAUAUGUAGAACUUGUGCUGAUUUUGUGAAAAGUGAAUCAAUAUUAGGGGAAGAGAGUAAUCACUUCAGUGAAACUGAAAGUGGUAUUGAAGUUGGAAUGAAUCAAAGAAUGGAAAUGAUCCACCUUGGUGAAGAUGAUGCUCAAGGGAGGCAAGCAACAGAAACUGGCAAUUCAAGUGAAACAACAAUUGACUCGAGAGAGAGCCAAGAAUCAGAAACUACGGCGAGCAAUUCAAGUGAGACAGUAAUCGACUUGAGCGAGAACCAAGAAACAGAAACUGAUGACAAUUCAAGUGAGAUAGUAAUCAUCUCGAGAGAUAGCUAA